UCGUCGUCGCACUGCACGCCGCCGCCGGUUUCACGAUCAGUUCGCGUGAUAUUACACACUCGUACGCUCGGCGUUCGUGUGCGUGCGACAAUUAAAAAAAAAACCGUCGUCGUCGUUUUCACGUUUACGUCCGCGCGUUAAAUUGCGCUCGGCUAAGUCGUCGGGCCCGGCCGUUAUUUCCGUAGUGUUGUCGGCGCGUCAGAUCGUUAUUCUCACGGUUUCGGCGUUUCGGGAACGAUCGGGUAAAAAAAAAAUCAAUAAUAAUAAUAAUAAUAAUAGUCGCGGCAGCUGUUAAUCUGUUGUCGCGCGCCAAUGGCAAUUGCAUUGUCGUUCGGUAAUAACCGUUACGUAUCAUCAUUCGCCUUCGUCGCCCUGCGUAUCGGGCCCUCGCGCCAUCGUACAAAUAAACGCGAGACCGACGAAAUAUCAUAACACACCCGAUACCCGUCGGCCAUUAAUAUCGUCAUCGUGAAAGACCUUGGACGACCUUCAGCGACUCGGGGGUUGAUUCCGCGGUAUUAACCCUUUGACGCCCCGCGUUAAUUUUUCGCGUGUCACAUAAUAUUCUACCGGCUGCGGGAACGGUACUGCGUGUCAUUCAACAUUUCAACGUUUUAUUAUUCAAUUAUUAUCAGUAUUGUUUACCGUAUUGAUAAGGAGUAUAAUGACCGAUUAAAAAAUACCCGUCACUAUAUUUUUUAUCCUUAUCAAUUAUUAUCACGAUAAUACGAUCGGGCACAGCGCGGUCAUAGACAAUACAAAAACUUAAAUGUUACUUGCUUUAAUAAUAACUUACUUUAUCACCUUUUAAAUAAUAUAUUGAUUACACUUAUUUUCUUCCUUAUCAUUAUUGCUUAUAUUCUCUAAACCGUGAUCACGCGUGCUGUUAUUAUGGAGUUAUCAAUUUUUACUUAUUUUAUGACAAGUACAUUUUCUUCUUAAAAAAACUCAAAAUAGUCGAAAUGUAAAAUGUUCAGCUAAUUCUAGAUGUAAAAUUAGAUAUUAUAUCGGCGCAAAUUUUGAUCGAUUUUGUAAAAGCACUGUAUUAAGGCUUUUGAUUUACUGUUAAAAACGUUAUUCGCCGUUUCUCAAUAAUUUUACGGAUACAAAUUAAUUUCCCCUCCAUAUCAAACCUUUCCAACUUCUCGUCAAUAUCAGUGGCUGCACCCAUUGUUCGAUGAAUGUUCGCCUUUUUUCUUCUAUUUCUCAUACGAUUACAAAUUAUAAACUACGGUUGCUUUUUAUUUUUAAAACGUGUAGUUCGAUAUUAUAGAUAAUGUCGCGAAUUAAAUCUAUACCCCAUAGUUGUAAUUGUUGUAAAAAGUAACUUAUAAUCGUGUUGACUGAAGUUAUCAUACUUUCGGCGAGCACGAUAAUGUUCUAAAAUAAUUAUAUAGGUAUAUAAUAAAAGGUACUCGGCGUCAGGCACGGAUCCAAACAAAGAUUUUGGGGGGACCAACUAUUUUUUUACAACACAAAUAAAAAUAUAAUAUAAUACAUUAUCCAUAUUAUUUUCUCAUACAAUUCCCAUACAAAAAUCGGAGAAAUAAUAUGUCUGAGUGGGAUUGGGCCCCUAGGUCGCCCCCUGGAUCCGUCCGUGCUCGGCGGAGUAUUACCGAUAUUCGUUUAGUUUGUUCGUCGUACAUUUGUCUAUAGAGUAUUAAAGUAUUAUCAUCAUCAUAAUCAGUAUAUGCGGAUAGAGCGUCCACGAUGACGUAAACGUGAAAUAGAUAAAUAACGAUCAGGCUGCAAGUCACACGGAUGAGAUAAAAAAAUAUUAUACACUAGACGUGAUCCGUACAGUGUAUAGGUUAAUAAUAAUAAUAGUUAUCGAAAGUUAAAACAAGAUAAAACUGAAAUAUUUCAGAAUACCUAUAACCUACUACCGCACGAUUUCGCUGUAAUAUUUCGCUUUGGUUGGGUCGGGUCGGCGGUAUUUUGUCCGGUUACCGCAGAAAUUUCGCUACCGCUGCCGCUCUGGUUUGCGAGCGCAUUACACAAAUUACAUCGAGCGAAAUUCCGAACGGACUUGUAUUAGUUGCAAAAUGCGCGAUCCGAUCUUUUGUCCGUUCGAAACGUCGGAUAAUAUGAGCGUGCGGACGUUUCAGUCGACGAUAUAAAAUAAUAAUCGUAGCGUUUUCGUUAUUUUUCACAUUUAUUAUUAUGAAUAAUAUAAUGUUGAUAGAAAAAAUACGUUAAUACGACGAACUAUGCAAUAUUAUGGUUCACAGAAUGUAUAGUCACGGUAACUAUCGUGAAUAUCAUAUAAUUUGGUAUUUUGGUUGAACUAAAGUUAUCAUAUAAGAUACCUGUAUAAUACAUGUAUUACUAGCUGACCCACGCCCGGCGUUGCUCGUGCUAUUUAAUAUUUUAUAUAAGAUUUUUGUUAUUAUUUCCAUUCGUGUUACCAAGCCCAUUUCAAGCCAAUAGACCGGCAGAGUAGUAUCAAAUUUUAAGUUGUUAUGGCAUUUUUAUUUCUGUUUAUUUUUUUGUUUUACAUUUUUUUUUUCCAUUUCAUCCAUGUUACUAUGGUAAUCCAUAAUUCAAAAAAAAAUAAUUUCAUUUUCGCAUCGAAAAUACCUAAAAACCUUUCAUCUCCUAAUUUAAAUUUUAUUUUAUGUUUUUCUCCAAGGUCACGUCUAUGCCAAAAUUCAUCAAAAUCCGUUCAGUAGUUUUUACAUGAAAAAGUAACAAACAUCCAUCCAUCCAUAUAUCCUCACAAACUUUUACAUUUAUUGUAUUAUAGGGUAAGAUUAGUAGGGAAUUAUAAUUUAUUUAUUUUGUGAAUGCCAGUUAGGAAACAGUUGACAACAAAAACAAUACGUUACGAUUUUUUCGAUAUUAUUACUUCGACGUUUUGGUAUGUUGAUGUUUGAUUAUUUAAUAUGAAUAGAUAACAAAUUAAUAUCUAACUGCUACGUGACGCAAACGUUCCGUAUAUAGUAUGAAUAAACAUUUGUUUUAGAAAUUAUUACACGUGAUAGCAUAUUUUAUAUUAUUAUUUUUUCUUUGAGAGGAGGGAGAAGUGCAAUAAUAUAAUAGAAAUAUUCUUUUUCGCGCGUUUGAAACGUUAUCGGUGCGAAGCUCACGUCAGUCACACUGACAAUGACGGGUAGAACGUGUAUGAGUACAUCAUCAUAAUAAAAAAUAUAAAAUCGUUAUAGUUUAGUAUAGAACAUAAUAUAUAUUUUAUUCUGGUUUGAUUUUCUCGCGACAGCUGUUGUUCACGUGUUAUCGAGUAAUCUUGAUGUCUUGUCUACAACACGCGAGUUUCUUAUAGUAUUACGGUGCCAUACGAAUAUCGUGUAAAACGUUCAGAGAACGAGGGACGAGGACGCGUUUUCAAAUUCUUCAAAGGUGUUGCAAUUAUUUGGUAAAGCCUGUAAUUUCCUGCCCUCUCCCCGGCCAAGCGCUGGACCAAUAUUAUUAAUAAAAAAAAUACCCGUAUUAUAUUAAAACAUUAUACGUUUCUUGAAUUUUGAUAAUAAUAAUUAGGGCUCGAGAUUAAUCGAUUUACAUGAUUUUGGAUAACUAUAUAUUUGUAUUGUAUACUUAUAUUGUCGUUCGUUUAUUAUCAUACGAUUAUGUUCCAUUAUCCAACUAAUCUAAAUGUAAUUUGGUAUAUCUAACAUCUUUCCGAAAUAUAUCCAUAUUGUUUAGUUGGAUUUUAGAAGGCACAGUUAUAUUUUUUCCCCAUAAAUAUGGAUAUAAACUACUCCUUUACUAAUAAAUAUAUUGUAGAUCGUGAUCUAAGAAGAGUAAGCGAUAGAUUAUCACCAUAUUAAUAUUGCGGACAUCGAGUUAAUAAAAACCACACGAGUUAUGGGCGAGUAAAAGACAAUUCACAAAUCGCAGACACAAAUAUUUCCGUUUUUAGGACUUAGGACAAGCUACCAAAAAGACAAAUCGCUAAAUUUUAAAAAUGCAUCACGUGUUUUAUUGGUACACACCCACCAUUGAAUUUUAUUGUGCAUUAUGUAUUAUGCAGUGAAAACGUAACCUAAAACCAUCGACAAACCCUUAAGUUUUUCACUGUAUGUUUUACUAAUAUUCAAUAAAAACAAGAGUUAUUUAAACAGUAAAGUGGUCGUCGAAUUGAUCUAAAAUAUUGUUUGACUGCUAUUUCAAAAACCCCGUUACAUUUAAUGCUAAUAACUAAUCAUUAAUAGAGUAGCUUGAUAAGUAUACAAAAAUGUGAAUCGGCGAUAUCAGAAUAACACAAAUUACCCAACGUCCUCAUCGAAACCCGUGCCGCAAUUAUUAUAUAAAUAAUAAUGAUUAGACAUUUGUCCGAAAUCAGUAUAUUCUAGGGAUGGCUACAGUUUUUCGGAAAUGAUAAGGACAAAAUAUAAUAAUGGACCGAAAGCGAAAUUUCUAUAGCAAUUUAAAUUUUUUAAUACUUGAAUACUAAUGACUACUAUCAUUUAAUUGUAAUUUCGCUUUGUCUGGAGCGUUUGGUUCUUUGUUCUAUUUGUGUCCGCAAUUCGUAUGCCACCUUUUUAGAUUUCGUCCGUAAUUCACAUGGUUUUAGAUUUGGAGCGUAGCGAGGAAUGUAUUUAUUAUUUUGUUCGCAAUUAAAAAACUCCGCAUAGGGGUGGUAAUGUUGGCCUUUUUAUCUUUUAGAUUUUGAGUGGAGCGAGGAAUGUAUUGAUUGGUUUUACAAUUAUGUUUAUUUUUUUUAUCUGUGAACAACUUAUCUAACAAAAAUCUUGCUUAGAUUUAUAAAAUGUAGCAUUUUUCUGAUAGGAAAUCUGACUUGGAAUGGUACAUUAAGGAAGUCAUUUUUUGAUUUUCCCAGGAGUUUUUCCAAUAAAUGGGAAAACCGGGGAAAAACAUCGGAAAAUAGGUACCAUAUUAAACAUAUAUUAUUAAAGAAAAUAUAUAAUGUCUAUGUAAUUAUUUUACCAUAAACCUAUAUACCUAUAUAUAUAUAUAUAUAUAUUGUUGGCAAACCCACACAUCAACCGAACUUUGCUCAGAAUCGUUUUUUCGUUAGUAAUGGUUACAUUUAUACAUGAAACUACCAAUGGCUGUACCCAUCCCCAUUUUAUCCUAUAGGCAGCUUUUUUUUUAUUACUGUGUGUAGGCCUGCAAUAUUUAAGACCGCAAAAAUACUACUAUCCAUUGUUUCUUUUUGUGGUUUUUUUUUUUUAUACAUACAAUUUUGUGAAAAUUGUACGAUAAAUUUAAAUAUUUUUUUUUUCGUCAUACUAUAGUAUAGUCAAUUUUAUUAUCGCCGACGCGCGGACAUACCAGCUACGAAUGAAUAUUAUUCGUUCCAGCACAAUACUCGUAUAAUGCCGUAAUCACGCGUCGCUGCUUACGUUGCACAUUUCCAAAACGGUAUAAUAACUGCAUAAUAAUAAUUAGCUAACAUCUGUCCGAAAACAAUGAUCGUAAUUACACGGGUCAUUAUGCCCGUUUAUUUUAUACCUACAACCUCUGGUAGGUAUACAGCGGGUAUAGGUAUCCCAAACAAAUAUCUUGGGCAUUCGAAUAACUGUCAUUACCCGUUACACAUGAGCGCAGUAGCAUGCACGGAGGGGAGAUUAGGUGUUAUAUUCCCCCCCCCAAUUGGCUUAAAAUACAAAAAAAUACGAGUCAUCUAAUGUCGGAAUACAUAUAUUUCAGCCAAGCUACAAGAAAAAACAUGACAUAUAUUGAUGAGAAAUUAGUCUUUUUUAGGAUUUGACUUUUCAAUUACGAAUUCCCACAGUCAAUUCGGAUAGAGAAGACGAGUUUAUGAUUUAUUCAUGAUUCUUAUUUGCUACAUCCCUUCUCAUUGAUAAUUCCUGAGCACGCCACUGCAUGAUCGUAUAGGUACAUUAUCUAUCCUUAUAAUAUACAUGCAUUCACGUAAUGUACAAUUUACCGAACCGAGACGAUUACGAACAUAAUAGUAUAAUAUCAUUAUAAUAUUAUAGUGUUGUGCCGCUCGGUAUUUAUUGUGCGUAUAUUAUGGAAUAAAUUCGGAUUUUUCGAUGUUCACGAAUCCCGGAUUUGUCGAAAUCCCGAUUAUAUCCGAAAUGUAUUGUAAACAAUACGUGACACAACCGUUAUCGUCUGGAAAAUAGAUGUUCGUGUAGAAGGCGCCAAAUUUUUCCGAUAAGGCGUUGCGGCGCUCGGAGGCCGUGUCAUCCGGAUAACUGUAUCGAGACGAGAUAAUACCGAUUUAACACAUUCCAGCGUCGAACGCGGAGGUCGUGAACUUUUGGGGAUUAAAUAAAGUAUUAUCGGGAGGACAUUCCUCGGCUUUCGGGGUUUAUUGCGUGAAACAAUCGGAUCGUUUAUUUUUCUAACCAUCAAAGUGUUUUUCUCGAGAAAGAAAACAGAGCUUAAUGUAAACUGUUAGGAAUUACGAAAAACAUUUUAUCGAAAUUAAGUAUCGUCGGGCGGAAAUUCCGCAUCUUUCGAAGGUUCACCUAAACUAUGCGAAAAAUUGAAUCUUUUUUACUGACCGAAAAAACACCGAAAAAAAAACGACAUCAUAAUAAAAACUAAUACCCGUAUCAUAAUAGCUAUUAUUAGCUAUAUAAGCUAUAUCAUUAUUCGGUGAGUUAUUGCAAAGUUAAAAAAAUAAACGUUAGUGAAUCUGACCUCUAUUGUUAUUUGUCAACAAUUAUCAGUGGCGCAGUUUGCCGGGGAGUGGUUAAGAUGUUAUAAAUUCCGAAAAAUAUCUUUGAUAGGAACGAAGUGGCUCGAAAAUUACUUGAUACCAUAUAAAUAGUUAUAUACCAAAUUUUUUUUAACGAAGUACAAAAACACAUUUUUGGAUCCCACAAUUAUAAAUUUAUUUUAUUUUAGUUGUAUUAAAAUACAAUGGUAUAAAAUAAAAGUACCAUAGAAAUCAAUUUUGACAAAUACUUAUAAUUAUAAUAUUUAAACAUAGGUAUACUACAGUUGAAAAUAAAAAAUUGGAAAGGUAGGAUACAAUUUUUGAUUUUCUAAGAGGUUGAUUUCUUAACCCGACCUUUUUCAUAAACGUUUUAAGAUUAAAUUUUGACAAAAAUUGUAAAAAUUACGACAUUUCAAAAUUUAUUUAACUGAACAUCGCUCCAAAUCGUUUUUCGUUGACAAUGUUUUAUCGGAUAUCAGGUAUAAAUUAUUUUGUUUUAGUGGGAAAAAACGUAGGAAAACAUAUAAUUUCACGAUUUUAUUAUUUUAUAAAAACACGGACGACGUUUUCUACCAGAAUAAAUGAUUAAAUCGAAAAAUUACAAACCAUAAUUUUUAUUUACUUAGUUACGGUAUCAUCGCCAAAACUAUUGAACUUUUAAGGAAUUUUAAUUUUUGGGAGUUUUUUUGCUGGUAUUCGGUUAUAAAUACAUGUAGAGACUUAAAACUUUGUAAUAAUACUUAUAUUGGACUUACCUAGACGUGAUAAAAUUUCCAAAAUCAUAGGACGACUUUAAUUUUUUUUUAAUAAGCGUUUUGAAACCAAAUUUAAACACAAAUCGCAAAAAAAAAAUUAGGGCACUUCAAAUUAUGUAUUAUAAUAGGAAAUCAUCUUUAUAGUAUACAAUUUCCUUGACCGUCAUGGGUCUUAAUAUUAUCAUAUAUUGGUCUCUUCUUCAUUGGCAUUCGCAACUCUCUUAGAGGCUACCGCCUAACAUCACGUCAUUAACCUAUGUUUUAAAUUAUAUCCCUUCAUUCAUUGCCACUCCCUAAUUCUUUAAGUCUAUACAGCCUUCAGGUUUGGAGAAGAUGGAUAUAAAUCCACCUUCUCUUAUAGAUCUUACAAGAUUUAUCUUACCCCGAGGUUUCCAUUCUAGUGCUAAUCUGACGGAAUAUCUCUCUUCUCUUCUCAUUAUAAUAUGGCCUAGCCGUUGUAGGUCUUUGCUCUAGAUUUAUUUCGACUGGUUUUCAUAAACUGUUUACUAUAAAAUGUGUACUAUUAUAAUGUCGUUGACGAAAAAUAAUGUUAAAGCGGUGAAAAAUUAAUAUUUCCGAUAAUGCAGUGAUAACUUUUAGCCAAAUUGGUCGUAUAUUAUAUUGUAUAAAAAAUAAUAAUAAAAAUAUCAGAUAAUAAUGUUCACAGUUUUGCAUUAUUUUUUAUUAAAUCUUAGUUUAUUACAUUUUUUUUUUUUUGCAAAUCGUUUUAUCCGUGAAAAUAAUAUAAUUUUAUUUACCGUAAACUCUUUUAAAGUAAAAAGUAAUUGUAUAUACGUGAGAGCUCGUUUUAUCUACAACGCAGAUUAUUAAAAAAAUAUAAAAAAAAAAAUGCCGUAUAAUCAGAUUUAUCUAACCGCGUUUACGUGGAGGAAAAAAAAAAAUAAACGAGCUCGUUGAAAAUCGGCACGAACUCGUUGAUCAAAGCUGUCGUCGUCGUCGUCGUCGUCGUAGUCAUCCUUUUUAAAGGACGUGACCCUCGUUCAAUCACAUACCCUCGUUCGCAUUAUAUCCACACACCUAUAUAGUAUAUGUACACCUUCACAUAAUAUCUGACAUAAUAACGUAUAGCGAAAUUACGUCACGGAAAAACGAAAAUAAAAUAAUGUAAAACACCAGUGAACAAAAUAUAAAUUUGUGAACAGCGAGCAAAAUGGUUUUUGAUUUAACGUCACCGCAUUUUUAGAAAUGGAUGACAGGAAGGGGACACAGAAAAAAACCAAGUAUUUAUAAAGUUGUUGGCUGUUUCAACAGAUACUCCGUCACCAAAUAAUCUUAUUGAAAUAAUCUAUAAACUCUGUAGGUUUUUAACGUUUUUCUGGUGGUUUUUUGUUUAUAUUUGUUAUUUAAAGUGUUGUAUUAAAGAUAUUUUAAUAUUAGGACUAGGAUUUCUACAAAUUUGUAGGUUUUUUCUUUUUAUCCAAAUUAAUUGGUUGUCAGAUACGACGACGAUUUGACUUAUUCUCGAUUAAAUAGAAUAAUUUUUAUUUUGCGUAUUUAGAAUUUUGAGAAUCUUAUAAACUUUAAAUGGUAUUUACCAUUUAUUAUAGAACGUCUAUAAUAUUAAUAAUUUAUUUGUUUAAUUUUCAUAAAUAUUAGCUAAUAUUAGAAUUAUUUUAAAUUUCCUAAACAUUUGGUGGCGUACACUUUGCGCCCAUUACCUUUUUAGUGCGUUUUUCGACUGUUGUCGAAACUGUAUAAGACGGACUAAUCGCUCAAAAUUUAAAAUUAUGUAAAAUUGAUAUAGUAUAAUAUAAUUGUAUAAAAUUGUCAAAUUAUUAUGGUCUACCGUUUCCGAACGUAACGCAACAAACGUCAAAACACUAUGAACAGUGAACAUUUGACUAAUAAAAAUAAUAAUAUUAUAACCGUAUUAUGGUUUUUGGUUAUCCGAAGCCUAUAUUUAUUUAUUGCUUAUAUUGUAUAAUCACGAUGAAAAAUCCAUACGUAAAAAAUUACAUGAAAUAUAAUUCUAUAUCUAUUACACCUAUCAGUUAUCAUUUGUUCAUAAAUCCGAAUCAGAGUUAUAAUUUGAUAAUUGUAUAGGAUUAAAAUAUUAUACCAUAUUAAUUUUAAAUAAUUUACUCGUAAUAAGUUUGUUUACAUUAAUAAGUUGACAAUUAUGUACCUAUUCGUAAUACAAAUAUUUUAAUAAAUUAAAUACACAUUAGUCUAUGAUAUUAAACAUUUAAACUAUAAUAAUUUAACAAUUUAUAUACGAUUAUAUUAUAUAAUUUUAAACUUUGAGUGAAUAGUCUGCUUUAUAUAAUUUCAGCAGGUAAAGAUUUUGAUAAUGGACGGAAAUAGCACGAAAAAAGUAAUGGGCACAAAACGCACGGACGCUAAGUGCACGGCGCCAAACAUUUUACGACAUAUCUUAUUAUUGUGAAACAAUACGAAAGUACUAACAAACGAUAACAAUACCGAACAUCGACUGUAUUGGUUGUUUUUUUAUUAGUUACGACUUUUAUUGCCGUGUAUGUACGCAGGUGCAUUUUCAAAAAAAAUAUUUCGAGGAGGCGGAGUUUAAGGUUGUACACUUUCAUACUCUUAACAUAACAAAAAAGUUUACAUACUUUCAAUUCUUAGGAUUAUUUAUUUAUUAUUAAAAACUUCAAUAUUUUAUAACAUUCAUUUUUAGCCUUUUAAUUAGGCACCUCUUAUUAAAUUUUGCAUUUAAUAUUUUUUUAAAUGAAUACAGCCUAAUAAUAAUGUCAUCCAUAUUAUUGUGAUGAUAAUGCGGACUAUGCAAUAUCGCCGUAUCAGUUAAAGCAGUAAACCAAAAAAAAUUAUAAAUUACAAAAAUAAUAAUACCUAUAUACCUAUUAUACAAGUAAUAAAAUUAAAAAAAAACCAAAAUUAUAUUUAUCUUCUUUAUUAACAAAAACCACUUUUGAAACUGUAUUAAAAAUCUACUUUCAUCAUAAUUUUCAUGAAAUCUUUGAGGGGAGCAUUAGACCCUUAUCCCUCCCCCAUUGUAUACGUGACUGUAUGUACGUAUAUUUAUAUGUUUGGUAGAAAUAAAACAGUUUGUUUUUUGAUAUUUUAAUAAAUAAAAUACAUAUUAUAAAAUUGUUUAGUACAUAUAAAACAGAUUGUUCAGACAUUUUUUUCGUUAAUAUAAUGUAUCAUCGCGUACAGAUAUGUUUCUUUAUUAAUCCUACUUUCCCAACUUCCAAUUUACAACAGUCACUGUGAUGCGCCCAUCAAUAUAGUAUCAGUUUUUCUUUUUACUCGUGAUCCACGUAUUAUCAUGUCAAUAUUUUUUUUUAACAUAAAAUGUUUAUAUAUUUAUAUAUAAUGUAAUAAUAUACGCCUACGCUUUUUGAGUGACCCAUAAAAAUAAACACAAAUAUAGCUCAUAAAAGAAGAAGAAAAAGCCAUUGCCUAUAAAAUGUUUACAAUAAAAGAACAUAUAGUCGAUUUUAUACCGCAUAAGGUUUUAAUAUUUCAAUAACAUAAAACUAUUAAUCAUAUUUUUUUUGCGAUAAAAUAUUACAUCAGUAUAAAAAAAUAAUAAAAUAAUAUAAUAUUGCCAAAUAAACCGUUGCAUUACAUUCGUACCAAAUUUAUCGUUGGAAAAAAAAACAUUUCGUCUACUCGACAAAAAUCAAUUUCUCGAACGCUGCGCUGCCGGCAGUUAAAUAACUGUGUCAAACCGUAGACGGUGUCUUCCAAAUUUAUAUUAAUAUAAUAUACAGAAUGUGACGAUUUUGCAACACAAAACAGCCGAUUAAGAUUUUAAGUAAAUUUUUAGAUUUUUCGUUUUGAUAAAAUAAAGUAUUAUAACGUAGAACUUAUUAUACCUAUUAUAGUAUGUAUUUUCUUUUUCUCAAAAAACAUUUAUAUGGUUAGAAAAAUGUACCGAUUUGUUCGUGUUAUACCUAAAUUUAAACAUGCGCAUUAUACGCUUGCUGAUAUUUUAUUCGGAAUAUUUAUCGGAAUUUUCAGCAGUUUACCCCUAAAGUUCAUUUUUAGAUUUGAUCAUAGCGAGGUUUUAAUAUGAUACUGUUUGUUUUUUUAAGAGGUUUUCAAGUAAUUAUAAAAACCACGAAAGAAAAUUAUUGGUAAAACGACAAAUAUUUAAUAAUAAUUGAGAUAAACCAAAAAAGACGAAAAAUACGAUUUUUUUUUUUCUAAAGCACAACGGUUUAAUUAUUUUCAAUGUAUAUGGAUUAUGUUUUCUGCAAAAAAUAUUGCUCCAAUAGAAAAACGUUUUUUUUUUUUUUUUUUAAUAAUUGAGCAAAACUGAAAAAAAACGUAAAAAGAACGAGAAAAUUUAAUAAAAAAAUGCUUUUUAUUAUUUUUAAUUUUGUUAUUUGUUGUAAUUCAGUUAAAAAUAUUCGUAUACAUUAUUUUCAACAAUUUGUUUUUAUUCCAUAUAUAUAUAUCACAAACAUGAUUUAAAACCCUUUUUGCCAUUUACUCAUCCGGUCUCGUGGUCGAUCUUUUCAAAUCGCGAGUUUACAUAAAGCGUGCAGGGUUGUUGUAUUUGAAAAUCAAUAGUGAAGGGCGUUUCUGAACUGUCGUAUUUCGUGAAAAACCUUCUCUUUUUUGAUUGGCUGAUCUUAUAUUCUUGUCGUAAUAUGGGUAUAGGUACAUUUAAAUCGUGUUUACCGAAAUUUCACUGGGAAUAGAAUAUAUACCUAUUAUUCAACUCUUAGCGCGUUUACAAGAUUUUACUUAAUGUAUGUCUGCUAGCAAAUAAUUAAAUUAGUAGAUUGUAUAACAAAAUAUUGUAUUUUUUUUGUAGGAAAAUGUUAUAGCUAGGGGAGUUAGAGGAGUAACUGAGAAAAAUUCAAAAGUUAAGGUAAAUGUUUCGUCUAUCCGGUAUAGAACUAUAGGUAUGUCUAUAUGUAUAUAACGCCUAACACACGGAUGGUGGAGAUCAAAAUUGUAUAACUCAAAAUAAUCUUUGUAAAUAAACAUACGAGAUAUAGGUAAUCGGUGUCGUAGACUAGACUUCAUCCGUAGCGAUAGCCUAGCUAAUGACCGACAUCACUUAAUGAACCGAACAAAUCCUCUUUAAAUAGAGGGUGGGAAUUUAGUCUUCCUCCCAAUUAAAUAUUUAUAUAACUUUAAAAAGCAUGUGUAUUAUCUAUAUUUACAAUUAAUAAUGAAUAGUAUUUUCAGUACCUUUAAAUUUAACUACAAAAAUAUUAUCAAUGUAGGUGCAGGCCUGAAUUACACCGCCGUAUAAUUAAGUAAUUAACAAAAUAUACGAUGUGUCAGUACCUAUAUAGAAUAAUUAAAAUGAUAGACUGAUAAAGAAUAAUAUUUUGUUAUAAACAAUGCAUAAGAAAUUUUUUUGUUUUUAACAAAAAUCGUAUACCACUAUCUAUAGACAUACAAUUUGGUUGACCGGCGCCUGUCGAAAUUGCAGGAGCAACUCAAGCACCCUAAGGUGCAGCCGUAGACACGGUUAAGAUUGGUGUACGGUUCGCGAAAAAAAAAGAAAAAGAAUCGCCGCAUAAAAAAUAGCGUCUACACUGAUGGUCAUAUCAUAUACAGUAAUGCACAGAAUGGUCGCCGGCGGUCGAUCGUCUCUCGCAAAUUCGUUCUCGUUCACCGCCCCCGGAGCAGCCAUAUAUACGUAUAUAAUAUUAUAAUAUUACACUCCCGUGCAUCGCGGUCGAAUCGAAAAAAAAUACCCGAGACCGAAAACGCCGAGGUCUGCGCGCGCGUAAUUAUUUCAGAGUAAAACCGCGUAAUACGGUACCGUACACCGCUCGGAAAUACCUUGUAAUAUGCCAACGAACAAUUCGAAAACUCCCAAAAUGGGUGGGCGACUAUAAUUAUUGUAGGUGAGAAGCUGAGAAGGUAUGACAUACAUAGAGGGAAAUCGAAUGAAUAUCUGUGCAUACGCGACAGUUAAUCUUCGCUAACGAAAAACGAUUCUGAGUUAUAUUUUUAUAUACCGUAUAAUAUUUAGGUUUAUCGUCUAAAAUUUGAUAUACUAAUAUUUUUUUGCCGCAAAGUACGACUCAUAAUGAACCUCUUAUUAAAUAAUUUCCAAGCAUUUCUGUUGGGUCUAACAAUUUUAUCCACUGAGUGCCUACCAAAAGCUGACAACAAUAUUGUUGAUAUAUCGGCUUCAUUUACCUUGGCUACACAGUUUAUUUUAAACACCGUGACUAUAAUAUUACUCCGAUCAGAAUAGGUUUUUAUCGCGAUGAAUUGUAAGGGCGCCCCGAGAAAACCUUGCUCUAAUAAGUAAGACAUGUAUUGAAAAAGUUUGGAAGCACUGCACUGUACUGUGAUACAAACUUUCAACUACUGCAGAAUGCGUUAUCGCACACUGAAUUAUUCAAAUUUGCUUUAAAUACAUUAUCUGAAAUCGACAAUGGUAUAAUUUAUAGGUAAAUUUUAUACGAAAAACAUACGCGCGUGUAAUAAUAUCGAGGCAUAGGGCGCUUCGGCCCAUAAAAAACUCACAGGGCGUGUCUGGGCACGCCCGGCACGCCCUGCGCGCACGCCUAUAAGUCCAAUAAUAUAUAAGCGUUCCGUGAACGUUGCCGUUUUUCCCACGUUUUGCCCGAUCGUUCAUCAAACUAAACACACUAUAACUGAACGGAAUUUUCUCUCCGGACACAAUAUGAUAAUAUAUUACACUUGAAUUUCGGUGCAAGAUUUCCGGUGGAAAACGGAAAAAAAAAAAAAUCGAAGACAUUUUAACGACGGCCAAACCCGCGUGACGCCGCUCCGUAAAUAUUUGUCCGGUUUUUUUUUGUUUUUCGGUCCCGAUUUUUCCGAACUGUUACGAAAACCGGCGGGGAAAAAUUCCGAAUCGUCCGCUCCGACACGCCGACCGGAACCCAAAUGGAAAAAAUAUCCCCCGCGAUACAACAAGAAUAGUAUUGUGUUCAGUUCAUACGUUAACAGUGCCGGGUAUUACGACGCCAACUCGUCCGCGGCCACCCACGACCCUGCCGCCGCCAGCAACCGACUCGUCCGUCGGCCGUAUCGACCUCCUCUCGCAAACCGCCGGCACUGGUCUUGCAGGGGGUGGGGGGGGGGCGGAAAGAGCGACGGCCUGGGCACGGGGACGGACGUGGACCCGUCGGUGGUGAGCGUCCGGAUAGGAGCAGGUGAACGGACGGACCCGCGGAGGGGACGGUAUUUACGUGCCGCAGAGGGUCGGGGACCGCGUGAAUUAUCGGCAAAUCCGGCGGCCGCGGCCCGCGGCAGCGCACGGCACGCGUUCGCGCGUCCGUAUAUCAUCUGGGGGACGCGUCGCACCGCGGCGAACAACGCACGCGGACGCGGCGCGCGCGUAAUACGUUAUCGCGUCGCCGCGUUGUGUUGUACACGCUUGUCACCCGCGCGCGCGCUAAUGCCUGCGCAAUAUAUCAUUAUGCCACGUUGGAUUAUACCGGGGUGGUUCACCGUGAGAACGCUCGCCCACCCUCCCGUUUUUUUUUUUUUUUUUUCCAUUCCUUUCCCCCCCCCCCCUCCCCCCCGCGGAUAACUUUUCCACCGGCAAUUUCGCCACGGUUUUCAGCGAACGCGGGCCGCGCUUGUCCGGAAAUGAAAUCGGACCGGGGAGGCGGAAGUUUUUUUUUUUUUUUUAUUUUUGAUUUUCCCCGAAGUUUUCCCGACAAACACGAAAACCGGGGGAAAAAAAACGGAGGAAAAUGUACGAAACGUGUCAGGUUAUCAGUUGGACACGGAUUGUUGUUGUUGCAUUCGCAACUUUUUUUUUUCCACCUACUCAAUUUAUUGAUCCGUAUGUUUUGAAUACGUUACAUGGCGAGUACGAAUUCAAAUCUAGAAGUUUUAAAGGCAAUUGUUUGCAAUUUUCGAAUUUUUUCAAUUUUAUUGCCAUUUCGUAGAAUUCACUCAUUCAUACAACAUUCAUACAUAAUUCGACAGUCGUAUAGAUGAUAAUAUUUUAUUCUACAAUAUCACCAGCCAUAAAAUUGAAUAAUGGUAUAUCGUAUCUUUAUUUCGAUAAUUUCAAGUUGGUCGAUAUUCGAUACAAUACAAAAAAUAAUUUGUGAAAUGUGCCUGUUCAAUAAUCUGUUCUUCAGUCACUCUAUGAAUUUUGAGCGACCGUGUUCAGUCAUUGUUUUUAAAUAUGUUUAUUACGCGGGCCGCGCUUUUCCGGAAAGGAAAUCGGACUGGGGAGGCGGUACUUUAGGGAUGUCGGUUUUUUGAUUUUUCCGGAAGUUUUCCCGAUAAAUGUGAAAAACUGGGAAAAUUGGUACAAUAUUAAACAAAUAUUAUUAAAGAAAAUUUAUAACGCAUAUGUAAUUAUUUUAGCAAAAUAUGACAUAAUAUAUAUUAUGAUAUAACCGAACGUAAAAGUGAAGUAUCUCGUUAACGGGUCGACAGAAAUUAUUAUUUAUGUAUUAUAUAAAUUUCGUCUCCGAAAUUUAUUUGAAGUAACACUGUCUAUUUAUGGAAUUUAAUACACGUAUAGAUUCUCGUUUGAAAAAAACGAAAUUUGAUAUCGCCACAGGAUACUCCUCAAAUGUUCUGUGAGCCGUCCAAGUAUUCGAAAACAUCGGUUUAGCUAUAUACACAAUUGAAAAUUCCAAAAAUCGGAAUUUGAAUAUGGGCAUAUGCAAAAUUUAACCGGAACAAAGGCGCGAGCACUCCCAGUGAAAACCGUGCUUCUGUAUAAAACUGGAAUUCCGUGCGCAAAUACGUACACAAAAUGCGUAAUAAUAUAAUCGAGUACCGACGCGGGUGCGUUUGCGGCACGCAUGCGCGAGAACGGAGGGCGAUGAUAUUCGAAUUCAUUUUAGGGGUAAAUCCUCAUUGUGAUUCCAUCGUGACGUCCGUCAUCCGUAUGCGCGUGUCACGGUCGCUGCGACGUCGUUUUUCCGCCGACGAAAUUCUAUACAGGAAGCGUGUCCCGUUUGUGAUGCGAAUCGCCGUACAAACGGAUGCGUGAAAUGAGUAAUGUGCACGGCCGAAAAAUAAAAAUAAAAAAAACGUCCUAAGAUAAUGGGGACGGGUGUAGCCACGGUUGUAGGUAAUUUAUGUAUGCCUGUAUAAGCAACGAUAAACCAUAUUGCAUACGAAAAAACGAUUCUUAGCGCAGUUCAGUUGAUAAUGAUGCUACGUCAACAAUGCGUAUGCCGUAAUACGGUGAAAUAAUUGAGUAGGCUUUACAUAUUUUUUUUAAUAAUAUUGUUUUAAUGUUGUACCGGUUUUCUAGUGUUUUUUCCCGGUUUUCGCAUUUGCUGGCACAACUCCUGAGAAAAUCGAAAAAUGACCUCUGUAAAGUACCUCCACAGUAGAAUUUUCCUUUAAAAACAUUGCUAUUAUUGAAGCAAAAUUGGAACAAAAUUACUGGUAUAAAAGUUGUCCAGAAAAAAAAUCGUAAUAUUGUGCAAAUAUAUUUCGUACAUUUUCUCGUUUUCCCUCCGUUUUUUUUUUCGGUUUUUCGCAUUUAAUGAGAAAACUCUUGAAAAAUCGAAAAAUGACCUCUUUAAAUUACCGCUCUUUGCUCCACUUAGAAUCCAAAAUACACAUAUUUAAAGGUAGUUUCCUGUAGUUUUCCUGCUCCCGAAAGGUCAACAAUGAAAGUUCUUAUUUAUACACGAUAAUUUAUAUGUACACAUCGGAUGAAUAUUUCGUGGCGUCUAAGCUCCUUAAGUCAAUAAUGUACAAAAUCAUAACUUCUGAACAAAGCGAUUAAGAAUUCCAGAAAAUUUGCGAACAUUUACAUUAACUAUUAUACUUAAUAAACAUUUCCGACGAAAAUUAUUAUUGCUUAUUAUCUCGGACAGUAUUAAAUUUUUUUUAAAAAUUGUUUUUUAGACCAAUUAAGGAAAUAAGUAGGUCUAAAAUAUUACAUUCCUGUUAUUUUUUUAUUUCUAUUUAUUUCUCAAAUAUUGAAAAAACGAAUUCAGAAAGAGUUAUUACUUUCCGGGAUAAUGAGUGUCAUAUUAUGCUAUGUUUUUUUUUCCGUAGCAUAAUAAUAUAAAAUAUCAAUGUUUUUUUUUCCUUUGAUAUUUUAGUGCAAUUAAUAAUGCUAUGGGAUUAUAACUGAUUAAUUUACACUAAAUUCUCAGUGUAACGAAGAAGCUCUUUGUUUAGCACACUUUUUCGAUUAUUAGAUAGUAAAAGAGCUUCGAUUUUUUCACGCUAUACCGUAUGUGAGAUAAAGUAAAUUUUCCAACAAAAAAAUAUGCUGAAAUUCCAGAUACUUUUUCAAAAAAAUUAUUUUUUAGUUUUGUUUUUUCACAUACAUCGGUUUUAUUUUUUGUUAAUUUCUGGGUUACUUUGACUACAAGAACAAAAAUCGCUAUUAUUACUAUUUAGUCUAUAAUCUAUGACCUUAUGGCCAGUUUAUCAAGCUUAUUUUAAAAUCGGUUCUUGAUUGCUAUGAUUUAUCAUUGUUUUCAAAGUAUAUGCAGUAGUACUGAACAUUUAAUCCGGUUCAAUGUAAUGCAGUAUUGAUCCAGAGACUGAAAAAAUUGUAACAAUCCAUGUAAUUAGGAUUACAAAAAAAAAAUCUCGUAUAACUGACGUCAUUCAUAAUUUGAUUAAAAAAAAAUCCUCGUUAACCCAUGUUAUUUUUAAUAUUCGAACAGACAUAUUGCAAUUCGUUAAAUACAUAUUUUUUUAUUAAGAUCUCAGUUUGAUCAAACAUCCGCUUAGCACUAAUAUUAACUAAAUUACCUUAUUUCCAAUACUUUCCAAUCUUCCCGCCUACUACAAUUGUAAAUACCCGUGGUCCGAAUAAUAUAAUUAUUUAGCUUAUUGUAAAAUACAUGUAUCACGAUAAUUUUAACCACAAAGCGAUUUUCAACGUUGAAAAUAUAAUAAAAUUGAUUUAUUUUCAACAAUAAGUAUACCGUUUCGUUUGAUAAUAUUUUCAAAAAUUACAUUUUUUGAAACGUUCAACGGUUCGUUAAGAUUUUAUAAAUUUGUUGUAUAUUUUCGAAAGCGUUUUUUAACGCAUUAAACUCGUAGCCUGUAUAGUAGCUCAGUCUUAUAAAAAAUAAUUUUAAAGUCUACAAUAACGAUUAAUUAAUAUUCAACAUUUUUUUUUUCCGUGGUUAUUGUAUGUACGAAAUUUAAAUUUCAACAAAAAUAUAAAUACAUAUCAAGUAUAUUAUAGUUACAGCGGUCGUCGGUAUACCAAAACGUAAAAAAAAAAAAAAAAAACACUGAAAAGUAAUGCGUAGGAUUUCGAAAAUAAAUAUUCAUAAAGCCUGGGCGUUGUGCAAAUUUACAUUAUGUAAAAACAACCGUGGUUUGCCCGGACCGCGCGAGAGUAAACAUAUUUAGUAAGUAUUAUUAUUAUAUCUUUCGUUUUCCGCGAUAGCACCACGCCAACCAGUCGGAAAUUAUUUCGACGAACGAAAUUCGAAAAGACGAAAUAAAGUAUAAAAAUAAAAAAACGUCCUAGGAUAAUGGGGUUAGUAUUAUGGGUAAUUUAAUAUGCCUAUAUUAUGUAUACCUAUGUAUACUUAUAAGCAACGAUGAACUUGCUAAUAAAAAAACGAUUCUGAGCAGAAUUUAGUAUAUGGUGAUGCUUUGUCAACAAUACAUAUAUUAUAUAUGACAUAUGCAUAAUAGCAUUAUGGCAAUAUAUAUUAUAUAUGACGUAUGCAUAAUAGCAUUAUGACAUUAUAUGCCAUAAUAUUAUUGUGAAAUAAUUACAUAUAGGCUUUUAAAUAUUUUCUUUAAUACUAUUUGUUUAAUGUUGUAUCGAUUUUCUCGUUUUUCUAUGUUUUUCCCAUGUUUCUUUACCGGUUUUUCACAUUUGCUGCAAAAAGGUGCUACACUUAAAAAUCGGAGUUCGAUUUCUGGUAGAAGAGUUACGCACAGAUAAACAUAAAAAAAAAAUAACAAUAAUAAUAAACAUCUUUGUAAAACUAUAAAACUUCUUCGUUCCGCAUAAAAUUUUAAAAGAGCACCGGGUAAUUAUACGCGUAAUAGGUACACCGAAAAAACGGGCCGUUCUGAACGGAUAUUCUGCGGGAAACCGUCCCACACAUUCCUUCGUCGACAUCGAUCGAUCGAGUGUAAUUCGUUACCACGCCGGUUAACAUUGUUUCAAAAACAUUCAUUGUUGCGAAACGAUUUAUUACCGCAAUAUCGCGGCUUUUUACGCGGAUUAACACGACAAUAAUAAUUUAUUAUACUUACCAAUCCGACCGGAUAACCUUUAUAAUAUAUAGCCGGUUAUAAUAAUAAUAAUAAUAGUUAUAAUAUUUUAUAGUCGAUUUUUCAGAAUCCGCGCAAAACGGCGCGUCACGCGUAAGAGGAAUAACUUUAUAGGAAUAUACAUUUAAUAUAAUUAACGAAGAAUAGCUCGAAAUUUAAAUUAACGCUAAAAAAGACGGACACGCGAUCAUUUGACUUAAUGUCUCUAUUAUUAUUAUCAUGUUAUUAGUGUAUUUCAAAUUAUUAACAAUAUGAUAUUAAACCAGUUUGUUAUUAUUAUAUAUAGUAAUACUUAAAUUUGCCUUUUCUAGACCCGGUACAAUUUUCGAAAAAUUUGAGCCAUUUUUGAGCUAUUUAUAUAUACUCAUUUUAUGUUUUUCUAAGUUUAUUUCGUCGGUACUAUACGUGAAUUGUUUGACGAAACAUAAAUGUUUAAAAAUUUAACACGAGAUUCAUUAUAAGUUGUAUAGGUAAUGGCCAAAGAAAAAGUAGACAGUGUAAUGUAGUCAUUUUUUUUUUUAUAAUGGUUUUCACGUUUUGAUAAUAAUCGUAAAUAUGCGGCCUUUCAAAUCAUAAUAUUAUACUAACGAACUUUCGUAUUAUCGUAUUAUCUUAUCAUUUAGCAUUUUUCCCUUUCGGUUUUUUUAUCCGUUUGUAAACAACUUUUUUUAUCAGAAGCAAGUUAACUAACUUUUUUAACUCUGUUAGUUAAGUUAAUAACUUAACUAAGUCACUAUUUUUUCAUAAAAAAUAAUAAUUUCUACCUUUGGUUAGAGUUUAAAAAAUAGCAUAAUAUAAUGUAGGUGUUACAAUUUUAGAUUCUGAGUGAAAUGAAAAAUAAGCUUAUGGUUUUACAAUGAUUUUUAGUUUUUUAAUUUCUUUUUUCUGUGGACAACUUUUAUACCAGAAAUCUUACUACUAUUUUUAAGUGCAGAAUCUUUUCUAAAAGGAAAUGGAAAUUUAGGGAGAUCAUUUUUUGAUUUUCCAAGAGUUUUCUCAACAAAUGGGAAAAACCAGAAAAAAAUAGGUACAAUAUUAAACAAAUAAUAUUAAAGAAAAUAUAUAACGUCUAUUAUGUAAUUAUUUUACCAUAGUAUGACAUAUUAUAUAUUGUUGCCAAAGCAAUACUAUCAACUGAACUCUGCUCAGAAUCGUUUAUUAUUAGCAAUGGAUUAUCGUUGUUUGCUAAUAUACAUUCAAUCUCUCCUCUAUUACCUUUCCAACUUCUCACCCACAACAAUGGUCCACCCACGUGCAAAAUAUGUUCAUAUUUUUAAAACUGUAUUCAUUCAAAUUAAUUUGCUGUAUUAAAGUGAUGUGAUCAAUGAUCACAUAACAAACACAUCACUAACAAAAUAAUAUUAAUACAAUCAAAAAUCAAAAUCGCACAGCUGAAAUAGAAUAUUACGGCCAAUGUGUAGUUUAUUAAUAAAUAUUAAUUUUUUUUUUCGUUUAUUUAAAAAAACAUAUUAUAGGAUGUCAACUGAUCUGUUGAAAAAAAAAACUUGUAGUUUUAUACCGAGUGAUAUACCGAGUACAAAUAUCAUAUUACGGGAGACCAAACUUUUUUCCAUCGUGUACUUGUAUAGCAUCAUCUUGGUAAAAUAUGUAACGUGCUCGGAUACAGAACUAUAAUGGCAUUGUCGGUGUCCUUUUCGCUUCUAUCUGCAGUAGUUUAUAAAUAAUUUUUGAACUCACAUACCCGAUAUACUGCACGUACCGUUAAUAACCUGCAAAAAAUACAUUGUAAAAGAGCAAGGGAAACACUGGGGAGAACGGCGGGGAAUUUUUUAUUCGAGUAUUUACUGCAAUCGGCCGCGUUUUUCAGUCUGCAAGUUCAUCAACCUGUAUAAUAUUUGAUUUUAAAAAUACGACCAUAAACUAUUGAGAAAAAAAAAAGAGUCGUAAAAAUGUAUAAAUUAUACAGUAUUCGAGUAAACGCACAGUGCUUUGAUAUUGAUUUUAGGUUUAUUUUGCGUCCCUCGAAAGCACGGAAAGAAAUAUAAUAUAAGAUAAUUUUUACUUAUGGCGACACAGUAACGAAAUCUCGAAUCGAUUCCUAAAGUUUUAAGGAACUAUACUAGAAUGUACAAGUACCUAUAAUAAUAUUUUAAUUUUAAUUUUCAUGCAUGUUUGUCUAGUGUGUAAAUCGACGAGGAAUAUCAAUCUGGUGGCUGUAUUCGAUAAUAAGUGAACCAAUUGGCGAAAAUAUUUAUGCUUAAUAACAUUCCAAUGAAGAGAUUCGUGUUCAUUGUGUUUUUUAUCUUCGUAAUAAUACAAACAUCUUGUUCUACAAAUAUGGCUCAAAAAUCCACGGACGCGUAAGUAAAUUGGCAUUGCUAACGUAAUUUUGAUGAAUAUAAAUUUUAAAAAAAAAUAAUCUCUCAUAUUAAAGUAUGAAUUUAUAUAGACGCACUCUUCUAAUUUUAUGUUAAUAUAAUUAUACAAAUAGAUAGUAUGAUAAGCCGAAAUGAAAAUAACUAAAACGUGUAUAUAGACAGACUGUCGGGCUGCCGAUGGAUAUUCAUAAUAAUAUAUAUAGGUGGAACGUCAAAAAAAUAAUAAUAAUAAUACAAAUUAAAUCCAAUUCCAUAAGAAAUACAAAAAAAAAAAGUAAAUAUCUAUUUCGGAACUCACUUAACGGUAAUAUCAACUAUAAAAUGGAUUAAAUUCAUGUAACUACAAGACCUAUAGCAGAAGACGCGUCUCCCGCGGGACAUUUUAAAAUGUAUUUAUUUUUUCUACGUCAAAUCCCCUGAAAAUUCUAAUACGAGUUUAUGAAUAAUUCAAUGUAUAAAUUAAAAAAAAUAGCCGACAGCUCUGCAGUAAAUAAAUCCUAAAUAAUUGAGAACGUCACAUAAUAAUAUAUUUUAUGUGGAUUAUUUUUUUUUUCACGUACAUAAUAUAUUAUCGUGUCGUGCACUUUUAAAAAAAAUUGCGUAAUGUUUAAUACUUAAUAAUUAUAAUGUCAAAGAGUUUUCAUAAACGAAAAGAAAUAAAAAAAAAAAACAGGACCGACUCUAGACUAACUUUACUGCCAGAAGCUAGACGAUCGAUGGUAGGUAUUAUAUUAAUUUCCUUACAAUGAAUUUUAUGAAAAAGAGGGUCGAAUAAUAAAUAUAAAAUAGGGGACAAAGAAAGAAAAAAUUAAUUUUGCUCUUUUAUAAAGAAUAAUAUUUGCUCUUUCCUUUCGUUAAAAAAUAUAAUCAUGGUCAAAUAAUUAAAUGAUAUAUGUGAACUAUGUGUUUUUAAUGUCUUGUAUAAAAUUAUACACAUGUAGGUGGGUAUAUAUUUAGUGUUUAUUUUUCUGUCUAUAAUUAAACUUCUACCACAAAAUUUGGUUCUUAGAUAAUAAGUCAUUUUUUGAUUUUCGAAGUGGUUUUUAUAAUAAUUGAGGAAAAGCGGAGAAAAAACGUAAAAGAUGAUAAAACAGAGUGAUUUUUUUUAUCAUGAACCAGCAAUUAUCUCAGAGGAUUUUAAGUGAAUUUUAUUUCUGGUUUUUCUAACCACUGUUGAAUCGUUUAAGCUUUAUUUAAAAACCAUUUUAAAUUUUUACACCAACUCCAUAUACCUCAAAUAAGUGCAUACUUUUGAUUUUCCAAUAGGUACCACCCCUCUUUUGAACACUGGUUUGAAUAGAGAAUAUUUAUCUAUAAAUUUUGAUAUUAGUUGACUUUUUUAAAAAAAUGAUUACAAAAUUAACAAAUUUAAAAAAAUACAUAGAAAACAACAUUAUACUAAAAUAUAUGUUUUUUUUUUUUUUUUUUUUGUAAAACAAAAUUGUAACCACCCUAUAACACCAGAAAUUCAGUUUUUUUCUAUUGGUACCAGGGUAACGUUACCCUGAUACCGCCAUUUAUAAUAAUGCAAAUCGUAACAACAUCUAAUCGUCAUAAACUCUUAUUACUGAAUUUCAAUAUUCUUGACCUCUGUGUGUCCACUUGGUGCUAUCCAAAAACGUGGGCGGAGAAAGAAGACGGCGAGGACAGUCACAAAUUGUAAAAUAAUUGGUAGCUUAGUUUAUAUUGUUGUAUGCCAAAGUUAAAAAUUUUAGAGAAAGAGCCUCUUAAGAAUGUAUCCCCUCACUCAAAUGUAUUCUCGAAAAAUUGUGUUUAAUAAUAAUUAAUUAAUAAAUUGUACGACUUGAGACUUUUCAAUUCAAUUAUACGAACGUAAACCAUGUACAACAGUAAAAGGACAGUAAUAAUUUAUAAAUAGUAUAAUAUUAAAGAUCGACUGAUUGAAUGACGUACUAACACAGAGACCAAACCCCGAGGUCAAGAAUAUUGAAAUUCAACAAUGAGAGUUUAUCACGAUUACAUAAUUGUUAUAAUUUUUAUUAUAAGUGGUAGUGCUAGGGUAACGUUACUGCGUCGCCAUUAGUAAAAAAAAAAAAAUCUUUCUCUGGUAUUCUAGGGUGGUUACAAAUUGUUACUUUGUAUCAGUCGGUUUUUAAGUAAAAAUGUUGACAUGGUGGUACCAUAGUAACCUAACCUAACACAUCUAUUAUUAUGUAUAAUUUUUGAAUGACGUCGUGUCCAAUUUCUGACGAAAUUAAUUUAUUUGUAUUUAUUUACCUUGAAUACAUAUUUGUUAUAAAAAGGAUAUUGGUCCUAACCGUACCUAACCGUCAUGGAAAUAUCAGCAGCUCAAUAAAUUAUUGUGAAAAUAAUGUUUUUUUAUCGAGUUACUUUAUAGGUUUUUGUUCAAAUCUUAUUAUUAUUAGCCAACAGUUUUUCAACCCGUUACUAAUUAAUAUUAUUUUGAAUCGAUCUAUUUCUGAGUUUGUGUAGCAAAAGUCCAAAUGUAUCGUAUUAUACCUAAAAAAACUACUUUAAAACAUAAAAAUAUUUCGUCUAUUGAACGGGCAGCACUUUCGUGUUAUAAUUGUUAACUGUAGAUUGGUCAUGAAUAUCCACUCAUCUACCCUUACCGGCCUCUACCUUUUAGUAACGUACUCUAUUAUCGUCCCCUGUCUGGCGGAUGUAUAUUUUUUUCCCGACCUUUCGUUUAUCAUUAUCACUACGCAUCCUGAUGAGUUGCAGUUGCUUAUAGCCUUUAUGUUUAACUAAAUCAAAUCAAUAAAGUAUUAUAUUGAUUAUUUUGACACCGCAGGGGUGGAAUCUGGGCCAGUGGUUGGAUUUAGAAGAGGCGGUAGGGACGAUGCGUUCGCCCUCCUUGGCUUUUUUUUAUUACACAUUACGUAUAUAUUUUUACAAAUAAUAUUUACUGAUUGAUUUAUUGUUUGAUUAUUUUUUACUAUUUUUUAAUUACCUAUACAACUUAUUGAUAAUUGAUUAAACUACAUAUACAGAGUGUAUCAAAAAAGCUGGCCAACUCUACGAAUUGUGACUCUAUAUGUGGCUAUAAGAAUUAGUUUUUGAAUAAGAAUAAAAAUAAGAAUUGGUAAAACCAAAGUUUUGAUAAGAAAACAAAAAUUCCAAAAAACCAAUUCUUAUAGCCACAUAUAGAGUCACAAUCCAUAGAGUUUGUCAGUCUUAUCUGAUACACCCUAUAUAGGCGGUCAAUUUAAUUGUUAUUCUGCUGCACGGUCUUAGAAGAUAAGGUCGGCAAUCCGUCCACCUCCUCUAUAUUACCCUUUGGUAACCAUUAUUAUCGCAGUGACCACAAGACCUCGUGACUGUUAUCAACAUUACACAGGAUAUAACGGUUAUAAUAAUAUAAAAUUGUAUAAUGAAGCUAUAGAUGAUGAGCCUCGAAUUAGAUGAAAAAUUGAAAUUUCACUUCGUUUUAUCAUGGUUAAAAAUCUAGUUACAUUCAGUAUACUAUAAAGUAUGAAAUUUCAGUGAUGAAAGAAUAAGAUAUUGAUAUAAACCUGCCUUGAAUAAAUUGGUACACGUCAGAACCAUAGACCUAACCUACCACGUUAACUCUACAAAAGAAUAAUAUCUUAGGUUAUUAUACAUUACAUUACUUAGCAAUAUUAUUGAAGAAAUAAAGGAGCGAUUCAUUAAAACAAAAAAUAAACCACUGUUGGCUUUAAUAUCACUCAUACCGAUUUAUUUAAAAGAUUUAACUAUAAAUAAAAUAGAAUUAUUAAUUGAAUUUGAGUACAUGAAUAAACAAAAAGAUACGAUCUUCAAAAAAUAAAUAUCGAUUCUGUACUUUAAUAAUAUGACUUUUUAAAGCAGGUAAACAUUAUUAAAAAUAUAUAAUAUUAAUUUUCGCUUAAUCUUAAAUUGCUUUUUGGUUAGUUUAAAUUAUUUGUGUAUCUAAUUUAACCAAAACCACUACUGUUCUGGGCUUACUGCAGGAGCAGGAUUAGGUUGAUUAUUAUUAUGAGCCAGUAUACGCUUUUAUCGACUAUAUAGUACAUAGUGUGAGCAUGAUAAUCAUAUUAUCAUAUAGUUCAGUGGUAACCAACCUUUGGCUGGUUGGACGCGGAGAUAACGACCGGCUUUGCUUACGUUAUAUAAUAUUCGCAAUUGCAAAGGAUUAGAUUUUCAAACGGCCGUUCGAUACACUUAGCCCCGACGUUAAAGCACCGGCAACACUUAUAGAAAAAAACUAAUUUAAAACCAUCCUGGGGGGAGUAGAAAUUAUCGAAAAUCCUUCACCUCCCACUCUCGUAAAUAUAUAACUGACAAAAAUGUUCAUAAAGUUGUGGCACUGUUUACAUUGCUAUGUUACAGAUCAAAUUUAUCUCUGUUUGAUUUUGAAAGUUCGACCGAUUUAAAUAAUUGGUCAGAAUUGUCGGACACCGUGAGAUCGGCUGGAAGAUCGAAAGCUACGUUUGAUCUGUACAAAACCCAAAGCAAACAGUCGGCAGUGCUGUUCACGUGGUUAAACCCUUUGCCGAACGGCGCUUGUUUCGCAGGCGUCCGGGCGGUCGGAACGCGACUGAACCUGGAUGGAUAUCAUUACAUAUCGUUUUCGUGCAGAUCCGCGGGAAACGCAACAACAUACAAAAUCAUACUUAGGCACAACGGACAAAACGAUGAGCCUCACCCAUCAUUCGAACAAAAAUUUAAGGUUAGUACCAAUAUAUUGUUAUGUCAAAUAAACUAACUAUCUAGUACCCAUAGAGUAGAUACGUUUUAAUUUGAACACAAAAUUCUCAUCUAUAGGAAUAAUUACACAAAUUAUUUGUCAUAAAAAAAAGAAGAUGCACGUACUUUGCACGAUGAGUGGGCUAUUGUUGUAGGUGGAAAGUUGAAAAGAUAGAUAUAGAGAGAUAUAGAGAAGAAAUUAAUAUAUUAUAUCUGUACGCAAUGAUUAAACAUUACUAAUGAAAAACAAUUCUGAGUGGAGUUCGGUUAUACGUGUUUAAAAGGCUGUAAUAUUUACGAUUUUCGUCAAAAUUUGAUAUUAAAAUUCUUAUGAAAAAAAUUCUGUAUCACACUAGAUUUUAUUUUUUUGCUACAACAUAUGACCUAUAAUGAACCUGGCACUACAAAGUAAAAAUUCUAGAACAAAAAUGGUUUCACAAAUUAAUAAUAAUUCAUAAUAAUUCGUAAUCAUGAAUUUAGAAUGUGUAACUAAAUUUUUUUUUUUUUUUCAAUCCUUAGAUUGGUUAAAUAACUUUGAUGGCUCUCCACUUGUCCCUAACCAUUACAGCUACUUUUAGUUCCUUAUAAUUCGUUUUCCCUAUGUCUUCUAUGAUCUGUUUCAUAAAUAGUGUUCUUGGUCUACCUCUUUCAGCUUUUUCUUCUAUCUUUCCUUCUAUUAUUGUCAUUAUCCAUUCAUUGUUUCUCAUAAUGUGUCCGAUCCAUUUUUUCCUCCUUUCAUUGAUUAUCUUCCAUAUUGAUUUUUGUUCGUUCAUUCUUAGAUAUACUUCCUCAUUUUUAACUUUCUCUGUCCAAGACAUUUUCAGUACUCUUCUCCAACACCAUUCUUCUUGUAAAAUGCCUGUUUUGCUUGUGCUGUUCUACUCUUUAUGUCCAUUUCGCUUCUUGCAUCAUGUGUUAUUUUGCUUCCUAAAUACGUAAAACAUUGAACAGUUUCCAGCUUCUCGUUUUCAAUUGUUAUGUUCGAAAACAAUACCUGCUUGCUGCAUAUUAAUAUUUUUGUAUUACUCUUAUUUAUUUUCAUUUUGUACUCUUUACAGCUAUCAUUCAUGUUUUUUAUCAUGUUGCCUAAUUCUUCUUCACUUUCCGCUAUUAAUGCUAUUAAUGCUAUAUCGUCUGCAAAAUGCAACAUUAGUACUAGCAUACCAUUUAUUUUUAUUCCUCCAAUUUCUUCUUCCCUUAAUUGAUUUAGAGUAUUUUCAAUGUACAGAUUAAAUAGUGUGGGUGAUAAGUUACACCCUUGUCUAACUCCUUUUUCAAUAUUUGCUUCUUCCCAUUAUUUACUUCCUUUGCCUGUUAUCACAGCCUUUUCAUUUAAAUAUAACUUAUGAAUAAUUCUUCUGUCUUUAAUGAUGUAUAAUGCAGUAGUUUCCUCUUGCUUUCUGCAUCGCAGUUGGAGAGUCCUUACUUAAGCUUUCCUCAAGCUGCUAUCCCCAAAUCCUUCCAUUGCCGUUAUAUCCUCUGCGAAAAUCACCAAUGGUCGGUAGUAGCGGUUACUGCUGCCCUCCGCUACCUCCUUUUAAUCGCCUUUUACGAUAAGCAGGAGUUACUGUGGUCCUAUUCUAACCCCAGAGCACAGGGUAUCACAGGGUAACUCAAUUAUAACUGACCAAAACCAAAUUUCCCGUUUGCGGGUACUGGCGUAAGUUAACUCUAACACCCGAAACUUGAAAAACGUUCUUAAAGUGUCCGUGACGGUGCUAGCGAUUAAUAAACAAUUUAAAAGAAACAGAAUAUACUAAUGUAGAUGAAUUAUUAUAUCAUUCAGUUCACCAAAAAGAGGAAACCUUAUUUUUAACACAUCUGAUCAUUAUACUACGAAUACAUAUAGGUUUAAUGACAGAAGAAAAUUGUAUGAUGACUGUAAAGAAAUAACUGUUUAAAUGUAAACCAGCAAUGUGAAUUUAAUAUUUAAGUAAUUGUAUUUACUAUUUGAUUACACUAAAUUUACAUGUAUUUUUAGUCACUUUUUGAGCAUUAUGUUUUAAUUAUUUGAGUUGAUUUUUAAAGUUAAUUCAUUUAAAAGAAGUGUAAAUAAUUAAAAAUUUGAUUUAGCUCAUCACCGUGGUGGUGAUUGUAUUAUAUUUUGUAAGUAAAAUAAUAAUUUCAGUAGCACAUAGACAUGACAUUAUGUACAAUUUGGGUGUGGUACGAAACGUAGACAAUCAAUAUACUGACAGGUUAAAAUGUCGACAGUCGAAGUAUCGGAAAUUACGAAAUGUCGACAGAUUAAAAUAUCGGCUGUCGAAGUAUUGACAAGUCAAUAAUAUGUCAACUGUUGUAAAUAAAAGAACGAAAUAUUGGCCAUCGAAACAACAUUUAAACUUUGAAUUUUCGAUACUAUACAAUCCUUUAUGAAUAAUAUUUUACUAGGUAUAACGUUUCAUUUUUAAUGAUACGUAUUAUUUAAAGACAAUAGUACGUUCCGAUACGUUCUAUUGUUACUUUUUUAAUACGUUUCGGUUAUAUUAUAGAAAUAUUUUUUCUCACAAUGCAAUUAUUAUUAAAUAAUAUAGGUUUUAUAUUCUUAUUUUACAUAAUUAUAAAUUAUUUAAUAUAUAUUUCGUGAUAUUCGAUGUUUUCAAAGUUAACAUUUUAACCUGUCGACAUUUUGACUGUAUGCAUUUCAACUGGUUCUUAUGUAGUUUUACUGUGGGUAUAUUUGACACCGUAUUCCGCGUGUUUCUCCACUAUAUUCCUCGCAAAAUACAUUAACCCGUAUUUUCUCUCUUUAUUCUAUUACAAAUAUAUACCUGGAUAAUGUCUAAGAUAUUUAAAAAUUAUAAAAGUUAUCAAGUAAUAAUUAAAUAAAUAAAUAAAAACAGUGUAUGCAUGAAUUUAAUUAAAUUUCAAAUUAAUAAAAACAAAAACUUUUUUUUAAAAAAAGAUCUAGGUACUAUAUUCUAUUCCAAAUAAGUCUGGGAAAAUGUAUGACAAAACCGUGUCUGGUUUCGCGCAGGUACGAGAUCUGGCUAUUAAAUAACGAGACUGGUUACGAAAAAGUGUUUUAUUAUAAAAGUUAUUCUACAUUCAAAUGAUCCCCUUCAAUAUACUCCCCUCCCCUCCCCUCCACAAUAUCGACCGUUUCUUACGAACUCAUUCGCGCAAUGUUGCCAAAACUGUCAAAUAGUAAUGUUGGUUCACAGUUUGACCCUCUGGAACCCAUUCAGUCAUCAUGAUGCCGUUGAUAUCGAAGAAAACGGUUUUGAAUUUGGAUUACGACUGAAUUGGAUUCUGGUGCACUCUCGACCUUCAGAAAAUAAUUUAUGUCACUUAAAAACACGCGCCCGAGAUAGGAAAUCCUCACUAUAGGCCUCUUUUAACAACNUUUAGUUUAACGAGAAAAUUUUACGUUUAUCCGUUGCUCAUAUUUUUCGUCACACAUGGUUUUCGGCACGAGAAAAAAACACGUUCGUUUCAAACCACUACUGCACAAAUACUAUAAUAGUGACGAAAACGUGUUUUGGUACGUGCAUAGAUAAGAUAUCUAGAUACCCAACGCAUUACUCGUUUUUUUCACUACCCAUCUAGGGCGCCCUCUAGGCGAGCAGUCUCGUUAUUUAAUAGCCACACCUCGUAUGUCACGUAAUCUGCUGAAACAGCGAUGAACGAUGUUGGCGACCUGUAUACAACCUAAUCGAAACUCAACACUUUUCACAAUAUUUCUCAACACUCCGAUAAGCUGCGUACAACGUUCUACUCUACGUAUAUACUAUAUAUAUAUUAUGCUCGAAACACUGUUAUUAUAAUCGUCCUCAUACACGGCGGCGAGCUCCAACUCUUGGCAGUUGUAACAUUGACAGGGCCGGAGAGUUUGUACUGUUUGAUCUUGAUUAAAACAUAUAAAACUGUACAAGUGACACUAAAUAUUGAAAAUUUGUUAACAAUCUAUGUUGUUUGAAAGAGUGACCACGUACAUAAGAAGUUUGUGUCCAUUUUUGACAAAUUGUCUGUGUGGCCUGGUAACCAUAGGUUUCAAGUUUCAGAGUAGAAACUGAGGAUACUACUGAGUAAUACGUUCAAAUCUCUUUCGCUAACGCUAAGAAACAAAAGUGUGUGGUAGAACAUUUGAGAAUCAGUUAGGAGCUUCAAAAGGAUUAUUAAAUUAAAAUAAUUAUUCAGUUAACUGUGCUAUGUAAAUUAUAAUUUUAAUAAUCAUGUUAUGACUUCUUAAUCCAAGUCGUAACAGUAUUUAUUAUUCACUAUUAAUAUCAUUACACGUAUGUAUUGUGUUAAAACGAAAUUAACAUUUUAUACAAAAAAUAGGCAAAAAUUGAUCAUUUCUGUUUCCAGUAGCUUUAAGAUAUUAAAUAAAACGCUGACCUCUCCCAUUUUUAAAUUCUGGGCAUGCCACUGGUCAGAGAUAUCAUAAUAAUAAAUUGUUAUUAUAAUGAAUAAUAAUAUAAAUAAUAUAUUACCAACAGGUUGACCACAAUUUAAAAACUUUUGUGAAAAUGCCUUUGUUACAAUUUUUACCGUACUAUAGAGGUAAAGAGGUUAUUGAUGGUCCAACGCUUAAUGUCAAAAACAUCACUUCGUUCGGUAUUCAAGUGGCCGGUGGCGUCUACGAAAAUUUCAAGCAAUCCGGCUUGUCCUCGUUGGUGUUGGAUCGAAUAUGCGCAGAAUCCAACAAUAGAUAAAAAGUCAACGACGCUAACCUAUACACAUAAAUAUAUAUAAUUAUUAUUAGCUUGGUAUAGGUAUAGAAUUUAUUAGUAGUUUUUAUUUUAGUUUCAAUAGCAAUUUUUUUUUUUUGUAUCGCUUAAAUAAUUUUCAGUAUCUACAUAUUAUUGACAUUUUGUUUCAUUUUUGCAGUUAAAUAUAAUAUUAUAUUUACAAUACCUAAUAUGUGUAAAAUAACUAAAAUAUG